UCUUGUUAUCACUUUAUUAAACCAAGCAAUCACCCAUGCUGACAUUCCUUUGCGUCCAGCAACCAGAGGAAACAACAUGGACAAGUUCCUUCUCCUCAUGUGGAAAAACUGGCGCCUUCAGUACCGCAAACCCGUCCAAACCGUAGUCGAAAUCAUAGCCCCGGUUCUCUUCUCCAUACUCUUAGUCCUGCUACGAGGCGUCCUGGACCCUAAGGAAUACCCCGACACAACAUUCGAACCUUUUUGCGUGCUGCCGUUCCACUGUCCCAUAGGCAACAAUGGAUCAGUACCCGACCCAAAUUUCACCUUGACGGGGUUAGAAAAGAUCGAGUUGGUGUAUUCGCCGGCUACCAACACCGCUCUGAAGCGCUCCAUGGUCGUACUAAAAGGGAUCUUUGGGGACGUAAUCGGGUACGACAACUCCCAACAACUGGAAGCCCAUUUUGUUGUCACCAACGCCACGAUGACGUUGGCGGGCAUCCAGUUUGCCGAUUCGCUGGCAAAUCAGGACGUGCUUCCUGAUAACUUGGAGGUGUCGAUUAGAUUCCCCAGCGAGCUGAGGAGCUCCAGUCAGAAUAGUUGGCGUACUAAUACUUUGUACCCAGUUUAUCAACCUCCCGAGGAACCAAACAACCACACCGGAGCUAUACCACGGUAUUUUGACGAAGGAUUUUUAAUGCUGCAGAUGGUUUUGACUUACGUGCUGGCAAUAAGUGGAUACUCAGAAGUAGCUACUUUCGAAGAACUGAGCGGCAAAUUAUUGAGUCUGCUCCUACCGAUGAUCCAGAUGAAACGUUUUCCAUAUGCCAGCUGGAUCAACGACGUUUUACUAAAAACCCUGGAAUACUUUGUAGGGAUGAUCAUCCUGUUGAGCUUCGUCUACACUUGCAUCAACACUGUUCAAGUCAUUACAACCGAAAAAGAAAAACAACUCAAAGAAGCUAUGAAAAUCAUGGGUUUGCCAAACUGGUUGCACUGGACGGCGUGGUUCGUCAAAUCUUUUGUUUUUCUUCUAAUUUCGGUAGUCUUGAUUGUCAUGGUGCUGAAGAUACCGUGGAACCCGGAUACGGAUUAUAGCGUUUUUACCUACUCCGACCCCACGGUUAUCUUGGUGUUCAUGAUGUUAUACAUGUGUGCUACGAUUACUUUCUGUUUCGCCGUCAGUGUGUUCUUUUCGAAAGCAAACACGGCUGCUGCGGUUGCUGGUUUAAUAUGGUUUGUUUCGUACAGUCCGUAUCUUUACGUAGCGCCAUGGUACGACACGUUGACGAUUUCCACCAAAUUGUUGUUAAGUUUUGCAUCCAACACAGCUAUGGCGCUUGGAUUCCAAUUGAUGGUGAUGUAUGAAGGCACCAAUGAAGGCAUCCAGUGGUCAAACAUUGCAUCACCUAUCACCUCUGACGACAGUUUAACCCUUCAACACAUAAUGAUGAUGUUGAUCGUCGAUACCUUCCUCUACCUCAUUAUCGCAUUGUACGUAGAAGGCGUUUUCCCUGGCGAAUACGGAGUUCCUCUACCUUGGAACUUCCCUUUUACUGCGUCGUAUUGGCGUGGACGGUCCCGGUACAACCGUAACGAAAAUUUUUCCACCACUUCUACCAACGAAGGUGAAUUCUUCGAAAAGGACCCAUCAAACCUCGCCCCUGGUAUCCAAAUCAAAAAUCUACGAAAAGUGUUCGGUACUAAAGCGGCCGUCCGCAACCUCUCUCUAAACAUGUACAACGAUGAAAUCACCGUUCUGCUGGGUCCCAAUGGUGCUGGGAAAACCACAACCAUGUCUAUGCUCACUGGGAUGUUACCUCCGACGAGUGGUACCGCGAUUAUCAACGGUCACGACAUCACCACAGACAUGAACGCAGUAAGAGCUAGUUUGGGUCUAUGUCCACAACGCAACAUCCUCUUCGACGACCUCACCGUCACAGAGCACUUGUACUUCUUCAGCAGACUGAAAGGACUGAAAAAGCAAGCUAUUAAUAAAGAAAUUGACAAGUACGUGGAGUUGCUGGAACUACAACCAAAGGCGAACACCAAAUCGUCGACGCUGUCCGGGGGCAUGAAGAGGAAGUUGUGUGUGGGGAUGGCGUUGUGUGGGAAGUCGAAGGUGGUGAUGCUGGACGAACCCACAGCCGGGAUGGACCCAUCGGCUAGGAGAGCACUGUGGGAUUUGUUACAGAAGCAAAAGCACGGGAGGACUAUAUUGUUAAUGACGCACUUUAUGGACGAAGCUGAUCUUUUGGCUGACAGAAUUGCUAUAAUGGCUGCUGGGGAGUUGCAAUGUUGUGGGUCGAGUUUCUUCCUGAAGAAGAAAUACGGCGCUGGGUACCACCUUAUCUUGGACAAGUCUCCUUCGUGUCAGGUUGAAGAGGUUACGCGACUUUUGCAAAAACACAUUCCCAAUAUACACAUCCAUGGUAAUGUAGGUUCCGAGCUCACGUAUUUGCUGGCUGAAAACCAGUCGUCCGUUUUCGAAAAAAUGUUGCAGGAUUUGGAGCAACAAAGCGACAAGUUGGGUAUUCGCAGCUAUGGUAUUUCACUGACAACGUUAGAAGAGGUCUUCAUGAAAGUAGGAGCAGAUUUAGGUCAAGAAGAAAACUACAACUUAAGUCACCCGGAGGAUGUACCUGACGCGAAACGGUUUUGGCACAGGAUUAAAUACAAACUCAAAUCGUUCAAAAACGUGAAAAUCCACUCAGAGAGUCAAGAAACUGCAAUAACCAUGGAAAAUAUCGUGCUUCUAACAGGCCUCCAACUAAUCAAAAACCAGUUUCUGGCAAUGUUAAUGAAAAAAACCACGUGUGUUAUUCGGACCUACGUUCUACAGUUCGUCCAAAUACUAAUACCUGUGGUUUUCCUCGUGAUGACCAUUACAGUUGUCAGAAAUUCCAAUAGGUUAGGGGACUUACCAAGUCUUCCUAUUACGUUAGAUACGUACGACAAUCCCGUUACUCUAGUGGAAGAACUGGCGAGCAGUAACUACUCCCAAAUGUACUUAGCCACACUACAGGGACAUGAGGUUCAAAUAGUCGACAAUAUCACCUCAACAAUGCUAAAAUUGACGGAAACAAUUCCUGCAACGGUUGGAAGGAGGUACAUAGUUGGGGCUACGUUUGAUGCUACGCAUGAAGGCUUGAUUACAGUUAUUACAGCAUGGUUCAACAAUAAUCCAUUCCAUUCUCCACCUUUGGCUCUAGGUCUUGUGCUCAACCUCAUUUUUAAAGAAAUAGUAGGUGACCAGAGUAGCAUCAGCUUUGUGAAUCAUCCCCUACCAUAUACAACCGAAUCAAAAAUUCAACGGUUACAGGGCGGUAGUGGUAUGGGUUUACAGGUAGCGGUCAAUAUGGGAUUCAGCAUGGCAUUCGUUUCUUCCUUCUAUGUCUUAUUCUACGUAAAAGAACGUGUUUGCAAAUCAAAACAUCUACAAUUUGUGUCCGGCGUCAAAAUUUUUAUUUUUUGGAUGGUGUCGUUUUUGUGUGACCUCGUUACAUUCAUAGUGACCAUAAUAGCAAUCAUCAUCAUCCUAAUCUGUUUCCAGGAAGAGGGCUUCAGAUCAGCAGACGAAUUAGGACGAUUGUUUCUUAUUCUGUUUUAUUUCGGCUGUUGUAUGCUCCCUGUGAUGUACCUGUCAUCCUAUUUCUUCGAUUUUCCGUCGACCGGCUACACGAGAAUGACCCUCUUCAAUGUCUUCACAGGUGUUGGGGCUUUUUUUGUGAUUAAUAUUUUAUUAUUACCUGUGUUCAACCUGGAGUACAUUGGGAACAACCUCCACUGGAUUUUGCUGGCGUUUCCCCACUACUCCCUCGUUAGAGGAAUCCGAGACUCUUUCAUAACCUUCGCUACUAACAAAAUGUGCAAAUUCCUUGUCAAAACUUGCAUAGAGCACACGCCUGGUAUGACCGAAAAUGCAUGUUGGGAUAGGGCAUGUCACCAAAACCAAAUAGAAGCCAUCAAGGAUAAUUGCUGUGUACGCGAACCGGACUACUUCAAAUGGGAAACCCCCGGAAUAGGUCGCAACUUCACUUACUCGUUCCUCGUCGGUUUGCUUCUUUUUGUGACCCUCAUUCUCAUAGACUACAAGCCCUUUUCGAAAAUCAUCAACCAACCCGUGAAAACUUACCACAAAAAAGGUCCUGAAAAAGUACCCAAUGAAGACCAUGACGUCAAGGCAGAAAAAGACAUGAUUCACAACACACCAGAUGCGCAGCUCCAAAAAGACUACGUUCUGGUCUUGAAGGACUUGACCAAGUACUACAAGAGACUUUUGGCUGUGAAUGGGCUGUGUUUAGGGGUGAAACAGUUCGAGUGCUUCGGGUUACUAGGGCUCAACGGUGCUGGGAAAACCACAACUUUCAAAAUGAUAACUGGAGAUGUUAAAACAUCGUUCGGGGAGGCUUGGGUUAAAGGUUACAGCAUCAAAACACAGGUCAAAGAAGUGCAGAAAUUGAUAGGGUACUGCCCACAGUUUGAUGCUCUUCUUGACGAUUUGACGGCGAAGGAGACGUUGACGAUGUUUGCUUUACUGAGAGGGGUUCCAUUGAAAGAUUGCAAGUACCUUGCUGAUAAGUUGGCCCGGGAUUUUGAUUUUCACCAACACUUGGAUAAGAAAGUGAAGGAGUUGAGUGGUGGGAACAAGAGGAAGUUGAGUACUUUGAUUGCGCUGGUUGGUGAUCCUGCCGUGAUUUAUUUAGACGAACCGACGGCUGGGGUGGACCCUGCGACGAAACGGUACUUGUGGGAUGCGCUCUGUAAAGUGAGGGAUGAAGGGAAAUGUGUGGUACUCACGUCGCAUAGCAUGGAAGAGUGCGAAGCUUUGUGUACCCGAAUAGCCAUAAUGGUGAACGGCAAUUUUAAAUGUUUAGGGUCCACGCAGCAUUUAAAGAAUAUGUUUGCGGAAGGGUGUACGUUAACUAUUAAAAUAAAGAAGUAUCCUCGUGGUUUUGAAGAUGACGCAGACACCACAGAAAUAGAAGAUUUUGUAGCGCGGAAUUUCCCGAAAGCGAAGCAGAGGGAAAAACAUCAGGAACUACUGACGUACUAUAUAGUAGAUACAAGCAUCCCGUGGUCCAGGAUGUUUGGAAUUUUAGAAGAAGGUAAAAAACAGUUAAAUAUAGAAGAUUACUCGUUAGGACAAUCAAGUUUAGAACAGAUUUUCCUUACUUUCACGAAACUACAGCGGUGAAGUACUUACAUAAACCAGUAUUUAGUUUAAUCUUAGGUUAAAUAAAUUUUAUUUUAAUACACCGUUUUUGUAACUUCUUCGAUAUUCCGUUUCCAUGGCUCGAAAUAUCAGUGACACAAACAUC